AUGCAGCAUUUUCGAAAUUUCUAUAACUCAGAAGCUCAAAUGUUAAGAAGCAACUUUCAGCCAUCAUUCAUCUCUCAAACAUACAAAAGCGGUAUCUCAAAGCAAAGAUCAAAAGCAGAGAACAAAUUACUGGCUGCAAAGAAACACAGUGAAGCAGAGAGGAGACGCAGAAUGCGAAUCAAUGGCCAAUAUGACACCCUCCGCAGCAUCCUCCCCAACCUGAUCAAAAAGGACAAGGCAUCAAUACUAGUGGAGACUAUCAAGCAAGUGAAUGAGUUGAAGAAAAAAGCAUCAAAACUAGAAGAUAGCCAUGGAACCUCAAAGGAGGUCAAGUUUCCUAGUGGGGCAGACAGAUUGAAUUUGGAAAAGUGCAAUGAUGAGGAGGGUUUAGUGAAGGCUACAUUGAGUUGUGAGGAUAGGCCAGGAUUGAUGUCAUCUAUAGCAAGAGCAGUAGGGUCCGUGAAAGCCAAAGUUGUAAAGGUUGAAAUGGUGACAGUUGGUGGAAGAACCAGAAGUGUUUUGUGGGUGCAAGGGGUUGAAAAUGAAGGUUUGGGUAUGCUGAAAAGUACUUUGAAAAUUGUCAUGCAUAAGCCAAGCUUUAAGAUGAGAAGGUUUACUCAAUAA